AAAAAAACAAAGAAACCCAGCUCCUACAUCACUAAUAUUAACCUAGCAGCUACCUUUUCAUCUAAAAUAAAAAUAAACUCUAAAAUCUCGAUCUUCCCUUCUUUUAUAAACUUCCAAUUUUAUUUUUAGCCCGCUGCACAGAAGAAAAAACGAUAAGAUUCCCCUUUUUAUAUGUAAAAAUGAUAUAUAAAUACAAUCUUGUUUAAUUUUAUUUUCGAUCUCUGUAAUUUCGCCCUGAUUGGAGAAGGAUCACAAAUCAUGUCGAAUUUGGGGUAAAUUCGGCUUUGACAUUUGGGUGUGAAGGGGAAGAUACUUGGAGUUAGGGGUUUAGGAAAGGUCGGUCAAACGUCCUUAGCCAGGUCUCCUGAGUUUCCCGUUUUCUUGUUGCUUCUUUCGAUUUGCAAAGAAGAUGCUGUAUUUGAAGCAGCCAAGCUCCAUUAUUUGCAAAGGAGGACCGAUUGUGGUUUGGCAAGAAUAAGGUAAAUUUCCGAAUUGAGGUAUGGAUUUUUCUCUCAACGGAAACCAAAGGUAAAUAGCGAGAAAGUUCCAUCUUUAGUGCAUGCUCUUCUGAUAAAUUCCCUGAGCCUGGGGCUCGGGGGGGAGAUCUGAACCUGAAAUUGAAAAAUAACGACGGUGAGGAAAAAGAAGCUUACCAUGGAAUCCUCCGCUGCAAAAUAUUGCUGCGAUAAUAUUAACAAUCAUGAGAGCUCCUCCCAAUCUCAAACUUCUACAUGUAUGCAGAAAUUCAGACUCUACGAAACUCGAUCGAACUUUUAUAUGAUUGGAAGGGAUAAGAGUAGAACUUAUUGGAGAGUGUUAAAGAUAGACCGGCUUGAUCCUUCCGAACUGAACAUUCGGGAAGACUCUACCACGUAUACAGAGAGUGAAUGCUCUGAGUUGUUGAGGCGGAUACAUGAAGGAAAUAUAUCCACCGGUGGAUUGAGAUUCGUUACAAUUUGUUAUGGCAUUGUUGGGUUUAUUAAAUUUUUGGGGCCUUAUUAUAUGCUGCUUAUUACAAAAAGAAGGCAGAUUGGCUCAAUUCGUGGUCAUAACGUAUAUGCGGUUUCAAAGACUGAGAUGAUUCCUGUCCCAAAUGCAACUGUUAAUUCAAGCAUUGCUGACUCUAAGGAUGAGAAUAGAUACAAGAAGCUCUUAUGCACGGUUGAUCUGACAAAGGACUUCUUCUUCAGCUAUUCAUACCAUGUUAUGCUUAGUCUUCAAAAGAACUUGUGUAAUAAUGAACCAGGUCAGGUUCUUUAUGAGACCAUGUUUGUGUGGAAUGAGUUCCUAACUCGAGGGAUCCGCAGUCAUCUCCAGAAUACUUUAUGGACAGUUGCAUUGGUGUAUGGCUUCUUUAAGCAGGCCACACUUUCUGUAUCUGGAAGGGACUUCAAACUUACGCUUAUUGCAAGACGCUCCCGUCACUAUGCUGGUACCAGGUAUCUAAAACGAGGAGUAAAUGAAAAAGGCAGAGUAGCUAAUGAUGUUGAAACAGAGCAGAUUGUCUUCGAGGAUGUCCCUGAUGGGCUUCCUGCAGAAGUAACUUCUGUUGUCCAGAACCGAGGCUCAAUUCCGCUCUUUUGGUCACAAGAAACCUCACGAUUGAAUCUUAAACCAGAUAUCAUAUUGUCAAAGAAGGACAAAAAUUAUGAAGCAACCAGACUUCACUUUCAAAAUCUUGUCAAAAGAUAUGGCAACCCUAUAAUUAUUUUAAAUUUGAUUAAGACACAAGAGAAGAAGCCUCGAGAGUCGAUUCUUCGUCAAGAGUUUGCAAAUGCAAUUGAUGUUAUAAAUAAAGAUUUGUCAGAGGAGAAUCGGUUGAGGUUCCUUCACUGGGAUCUACACAAAUAUUCUCGGAGCAAAGCGACAAAUGUUUUGCUACUCUUGGGCAAAGUGGCUGCAUAUGCAUUAAUGCUAACAGGUUUCUUUUAUUGUCGGCUGACUUCAACCUUGAAACCUGAGGAGUGCGUGGCUUGGCCUUCUGUUGAGAAUAUUGAUGAUAGUGACAUGUCACACCAUAAAUAUCUCAACAAUGUUAAUGAGGAUGCGUACAGAUUGGAGGGGAACUAUUCUGGAUAUAAUAAUAUUACUAAUGGGAAUCAUUCUCUCAAGCCUCCGACAUUCCAAAGAGGUGUACUUAGGACCAAUUGUAUAGACUGUCUGGAUCGCACAAAUGUUGCACAGUAUGCAUAUGGAUUGGCUGCUCUUGGACACCAGCUUCAUGCUUUAGGGAUUAAAGAUACCCCAAAGAUAGAUCUGAAUGAUCCUUUGGCAGAUAAUUUAAUGGGUUUUUAUGAGAGAAUGGGUGACACACUUGCGCACCAAUAUGGUGGUUCUGCAGCUCACAAUAAGAUAUUCCAGGAGAGAAGGGGUCAAUGGAGAGCAGCAACCCAGUCACAGGAGUUCUUUAGAACACUUCAACGAUAUUAUAGCAAUGCAUAUAUGGAUGCAGAGAAACAAGAUGCAAUUAAUGUAUUCCUUGGGCAUUUCCAGCCCCAGCCUGGUAAACCUGCUCUUUGGGAAUUGGGUUCAGAUCAACAUUAUAGGGGAAGAAAUGGGGAAACCACUGUGGAUGAAGAUGGAAGGUCAUUUUUCAAAAGAUCAUUUUCUGAUGGAAACAUUCUUCGUCAAAGUAUAUCACCUAUGCCAGCCAUAAAAGAUAAGCAGGAGAAAUUUACCAAUUCAACUUUACCCAACCGAUCACAAGGAAGUAAUGGCCUUUCAGAGUCAUCACCUGAGAUAUCAACUUGUGAAAGUGAUAUCUCGUGUUCAAGGUAUACACCCUCUAUGCCUCGAAGACAGCUAUUUGGAGAUGUGCAAAGAGAUCGCUAUCUUGAAACUGGCCAAAUUUUCUUUUCUGAACAUGGGGGUGGAGUUAAUUGCUCUAACUUUGUUGACCUAGACUGGCUUUCAUCCUCAGGAAAUUCUUGUGAAGAUGAACCAUUUGAGAGGGAAUGCAUCAGACAGGAAUGGAGGAAUUCCCCGAGAGUUUUGUGCAGUGGGUUAACUAUGGACAGAUGCUUUCCCAUUAAAGUUUUGCUCGUUUUCCUCAAGUCAGUGACAGACAUCCAUGACUCCAGCGAGUCAAGCUGCCGCAGUGAUGCAAGGCAUUGAGUCAAAAGGGGAAGCAGAAGCAAGCAGUUGUUGUAGUAGCCCUCUUAUGUAAGAUAACCUCCCAUGCAGUCUGAUCCGGUCCAGUCCAAUCCCCCCAUGUAUGACUACUAUUCAUUCCUUGAAAAAAAAAAAAAAAACCUCAGACCAGAAACUAAUACUCCUACAAGAAAAAGAGUACAUAGUCAAGAGUUAAAAACAAAUUCUUUCGGGAGCUCAUCAUAUCCCUCUUUAAUUCAUUUUAUCGGUAAACGGACGUAAUAGGGCUUCAGUUCCAGUUCAGUUCAGUCAAUCUUGUAAAUAUUUUUCUUCUGCUUUUCGAAGAGCUCCAGUUCCGAGUUUUAAGGUCUUUGAUUCUUUAUCUCCUUUCUAAGUUCAUCCAUGGCCAGAGACAGAGAAUACAUGAUAAUGAAACCGACGUUGCAUUUAAAAGGUAAUCCGUGGGGUGGUGGGGGGAAAGAAUCAGUUAUAGGACUGAUGUUGUCUUCAUGGCGAGCUGCUAAGUUCUAGAGCUUUUGAACUUUUCGGCCUCCUGGGGUUUGUUUCCAUAUAUAUAAAAACUAUUUUUUUUUUGGUAUUAUUAUUGUUUUUGAAAACAAUCUUUGUUUUGAUAGUAUGGUUUUGGUUGGAAAACCAUCUACAUCAUCUAGGCAGUGGCGUAGCCUUUAAAUUUCUAA